AGACACACUUUUUUUUGACAGAUUUCCUUCCUCGAAGAUUUCUGAUCUCGGAUACCCAGAGAGCAUUUCUUUCGGAGUGAUUUUCGAUGCAACGACGAUGAAAUACUAUUUCAGACCACAGCAAUUAGUAGGCCUUUCUACCAUAUUGGCUUUUCUCGCCAGUACCUGCCGCGCCUCUUUCCCGGCAAACGAAACGACAUAUCUAAACUUUCACAUUCCCACCAGCUUGCGACACAAUAAAACAUGGCCCCAUGCUGCUUCCAUGUUUGGACGCAUGGGUCACGGGCCCGAGGGGUCUCUGGUCUUGCCGGUGAAAAUGUACGUGGAUUCGCGUUACUUGUGCAACGAUAAUUUCGAUUUCACCGAGGUGAACAAACAACUGAAGAUCCCCUCAGACGGCGGCGCGCCAUUUAUCUUGUUGGUCGAAUCUGGUAUUUGCACCUUUGUCAAGAAGGUCCGCAACGCCCAGCACCUCGGAGCUGCCGCCGUCUUGAUUGCCGACAUGGAACACGAGCACUUGCCCGACAACCUGGAAYUGAGUGGCGACAUUCUCCACAGAGCCCAUCCACAUCACGACACAAGCAACCACACGGAGCACCGGRAUGCAUUCCGUAUGGCCGACGAUGGUUCGGGUCGGGAUAUUUCUAUUCCCAGCAUGAUGAUUGCCAAGAACGAAUAYGMCGAACUCAAAAAAGUCAUUGACUCGAAGCCCAAUUCCACUGGGAUUGUYGUCGCCGAAAUGUCCUGGCACGUYCCCAAGUUCGUCAACAAGGUUAUUUUGGAUCUUUGGCAUUCGCCUGCCGAUAUGCACUCCAAGCAAUUUCUGGCCUCAAAUUUCUCCGUCAUCGCCAGGACGUUUGAUUUGAACGAAAUGCACGGAAAAACCCACGACAACGACAGUUAUAAUGAGAACAUGAACCUAUUGCAAUUUAGGGAAUGGCCUGUUUUGCUGGACGGAAAAGCCUUGGGAUGUGUCGGAAAUACAGAUGCCCCGGACGAACCCUGCUACUUGCUCUGCACGAACGGGGGGCGUUACUGCCACGCCUCGCAUCACCUCACCGAUGGMAAAUACAUCGUCAAAGAAGCCCUGAGGAGAAUGUGCAUCGACAAACACUACAAGAGUCCGAAGUUUCACUGGGACUACAUCGAUCACUUUUCCAAGUUCUGUUGGGAUUCCGAUUACUUUGCCAACGAGAAAUGCAUCGAGGAUGCCUACAAGCAUUCGAAAAUCGACAAGAAGGUUAUCGAAUCGUGCUUUGACGAUAGCGGGGAUCCCGAAUCAGAUCAUUCGAAUGCACUCCUGCAGCACGCCCUCGAUAUGCAGCUAAAGUGGGGAGUCCACAAGAGCCCGUCCGUGACCAUCAACCACGAAAUCAGCCCGCUCGUUGAGUUCCAAGGUUUAACCCCGGCAACCAUCCUGUCUGGCCUCUGCGACGCCUUYGCGUACGGCGAUAAACCCCAUGUUUGUUAUGCCUGCCAGCACUGUGGGGAUCCCGUGAAAUGUGCCCAAAGAUCCCCCAUGAAGUGCCUGAGCACCGACGGUGUAGAAAAGGAAGACACCAGCGCUCACAAGGAAGUAAAUGGGGGCGGCAAGAAACAUAAGAAGAAACGUUCCUUUUUCUGGCGCCAUUUUUUCAUUGGUGUUUUUGUGUUGGGAGGACUUGCAGGCGGAUAUGUUUACUACCAGAAAAUGGAAGAGAAUGGUAGUGGAGGGCUCGGAUCUUACACGCUGCAGGAUGCAUUUUUAUCUGACUCCAUGUAACUUACAUAUUUGGCAAUUAUAGCGACAUCGAACGUCGUAGCUCAUUUCAUGAGAUUAUUUUGCAAGGAAACCAAAAACAAACGAAGGAGAACAGUCGACGUGCACUGUAGUAAUGAUUGAUUGAUUCAUAUUAUUGUAAUUUAUACGAUGCCUGCCGUAACGGUACAGUGCACGCGAUUGUCAACAUCAAGAAGCAAUUACACAUAUUUUAAAGAUUUUAUAACAUAAUAUGAUAAAUGUCCGAUUAGGAGAAAAUSUGAUGUGAUAUCUAGAUGCCACAUCCUACAAUCACAAAAUAUAAUAUGAUCUCACAG